AGCGACAUUAGUUGUACACCAUGGCGUCAGCCGCGUACGAGACUCCUCGUUUGGUUGAACUUGAUAAUGCUAUAGAUGCCGUUUCUGGGUUAGUUCAGUCUUACGAGCGUAUAGAAUGGCAUGUAUGUCGCCUAGAGCUUCGCGAGGCAUCUUGUUUGUUAGCUCGAUGCUAUCAGGAUACUGUAUCUUUAUGUAGUGAUGUAGUUAACGAAUCUGGUUUCCAGGCUACUUGCGCCUCUAUACGUGGCAAGUGUUUCUCCGAGAUGCGACGUAUGUUACCUGUAGCGUUUGGCGACUUUCUAUAUUCUGAGAUUGAGGCAAUUCGCUUUAAUGAGAGGUCUUUACCUUCUGGGAGCCCAUCUUCUGUCGAUACGGAUUACAGGGCAUUGUAUCAGCAGGUAGUUCAUGAAUCCAGUGUAGACAGCGUAUCUGUUAAUGAGGAGUCUGCUCAGGUACUGCACCGGCUACGUUGGAUGUAUUUGCAACGUUAUCGUUUGUUGGUAAAGGUGGUAUUAUUUGUAGGUCAGCGUUGGUUAUCUUUUGCGGACAAUGGUCAUGUCCAGGAUGGCUGUGUUACUAUCCAUUUAAAUUCAGGACAGGUACCUUUAAGUUACGUUGAAUUAACGGAUGCAAUAUCGCUUGUUGGCAUGUGGGAUACUUAUUUACGCUUCGUGGAGCAUUGUGCUCGCCGGUACACUGGUGUGAAGUUCUCUGUUAAUGGCGGCUACAACAGUGAAUCUAGUCCUCUAUCUUUUAUUCAUGACCAUUGCUUUCGUUUACUGGAUAGGUCAAGGCCUGUAUCUGUUGUGUCCAUAGACAAUUACAGCGAUGCUAGGGCCAUGGUAACCGGUGUUGCAUAUCGCAUCAGCAGGGUUAACUCCGUGCUUUGUGACUUGUUACGUCACUACGGCGGCUCGGGUGCAGCUAAUUCUGACGGUAACACUGCUUCUAAUGAAUUGACUUCAUUCAAAUCACUAGACGCGCCAUACAUUGACAUGUUGGUCUGUACCUUGAUAUCACGCUUAUGUGAUACUUGCUACAGUUGUUGGGAGCUUGAGCAUCCGUCUGUAGCUAUCAUUGAUGAGUUCCGCGUUUUGUCUGAUGAACUGAUCACUAACUGCGGGAUUGGCGCUUCUACUAGUAGCAUUUGGGGAUUACAUUUUUUCGGGUGUAUGACAUCUCGCUGGGAGGAGCAUGUUUUGUCAUUCACUCGUUUAUGCGCUCGUUCCCAGUGCACUGAGGACUACAGCAAGCUUGUAUCGGUAUCUGACGGCGCCAUAUCGCAGGACGGGCACUUACGUCGUGUGGACUUACAAGGCCUGACUUCCGUUUUGGUCAAAGUUUUGGCGAGUGACUUGCUUGGCGUUGACUUGAGGCAGUUGUUAGUGGCCAUUAACUGGGACACCUAUAUACAAUCCUGUGCUGUAUCCAAUAACCUAUACACUCUAUCGGCUCUAUUGUUCAUUAUAUCCGCUCAGCCCAUGGCAUUGCUUUACAUUGCUGCGGCUAAGUUACCUCCUGGGAUAGUAUCUCGGCAUAUGGUCACUGAGUUGUUCCAACGCUACUCAUCACUGUUACAAUCGGUACUGGUAACCUACUUGAUGUGCACCCAGGACAGCUUCAAGCAAUUUGUUUUGGACAUUUCCAAGACAUUGAGUGGUGACGAGGACAUGAAGUCUUUGGGUGCUUUGAAUAAUCCUUUACGCAACUUCAUGGUACUGCUUUCCAAUGUAUGCCUGCUUUCCGGUGCUUCCGUUUUGGUACCACAAUUCAUACAUUCCUUGGGUAAUCAGUUAUCGCUACCACGCUGUGGCGACGUAGACUCUGGAUUUAUCGUUGAUUCGCUGAAAUCGCACUUCCACACUUGUGCUUUAUACGUCCACUUCAGGAAGCUAGAGGACUACCUACUCACUCAACUGGUUGCCUUUAUCCAGCAGGUGUUACACAAGGUGGUCAGUCGCGUUUUGAAUGGGUUAAACCACCAGUCUUCUGAUUUCGGCGAUGACGUGAUCACUAUGUUAACUCAGAUAUCAUCUUUAUCAGAGGCUAUAAUGCCACCACGGUUACACCGGACCUUGAUGUGCCUUGUGCUCGAUUUGUACUUCACUACAGUCCCCGAUAUAUUUUUGGACUACGUCGAAUUACUGAACUACCAGCCAUCUGAGGACAUACUGAGCAGUGUUACAUCCUUUGUGCUGCGUAUGGAGGAUGCGUUACUAAAAUGCUCAUCAGGUCUGGGUAAUGGCGCUUGUGACUUUGUGUACUAUUCCAAGUUUGUGUCAUUUAUUGCUGUGUUUAGGCACGACUUUUCGGUGCUUGAGGAUUCGAAAUCGUUGUACAGUCAGCGUGAUUUGAAUCGUUUAUGCAAGUUAUGCCGCUGUAUCCAGCAGCGUAUCGGUUAACAUCUCGUAUUAAUCUAA